AUGAUGAAGAUUAACAAGCAGAGCAAUGGUACUCGAAAGCAAACUGUUUUGAUGUUUCCAUGGUUAGGCCAUGGUCACGUUUCUCCUUUUCUUGAACUGUCCAAAAGUUUAAGUAACACAAACCUUUUCAACACUUACCUUUGCUCGACUUCUGCCAACCUUGAUUCGGUCAAAAAAACCUUAACAAAUGCCUCUGUUCGACUCAUAGAACUUAGCCUUCCUACUUUACCCGAUCUUCCACCACAUCUUCACACCACCAACGGCCUCCCUCUUCACCUUAUGCCUACUCUUAAACAAGCUUUUGACUUGGCAAUUCCUCAGUUUUCGAGAAUCUUGAUAGACUUGAAACCCGAUUUGCUCAUUUAUGAUAUCAUUCAACCGUGGGCUCCUGUGGCGGCGUCUGCCCUUGGGAUUCCGUCGGUGGUUUUCAUCACCACAAGUGCUGCUGCCUCAAUGUAUCAUCAAUACUUGAACACCACUAAAAAAGGCGUUGUGUUUCCAUUCUCUUCGACGAUUUUCUAUCGUACUUAUGAGGAUGGACACGAGUCUAAGAGGCCAACUGUUCACCCCAAGGAAAAAGAUCGUGUCAUGGAAUGUGUUGGUAAGUCUUCAAGUAUUGUUCUUGUUAAAACUUUCGAGGAAAUUGAAGGUAAGUAUGCUGAUUACCUUUCGUUCCUUACUAAUAAAAAGAUUGUGCCUGUUGGUCCACUUGUUGCGGACCCUACUGAUGUAGACAUGAAACAGAAUGCGGUGAUCCAGUGGCUUGAUUCUAAAGCCAUUGGAUUGACCGUUUUUGUUUCUUUUGGGAGUGAGUAUUUUCUUUCUAGUGUUGAUAUGAAAGAAAUAGCAUAUGGGUUGGAAAUGAGCAAUGUGAAUUUCAUAUGGGUUCUUAGGUUUCCAAAAGGGGAGGAUAGCAAAACAAAGGCUUCAGAAGCUUUGCCAUUGGGUUUUGCUGAAAGGGUCGAAAAUAGGGGCUUAAUUGUUGAUGGGUGGGCACCACAAGCAAAAAUAUUAGGACACAAAAACAUUGGUGGAUUUGUGAGUCAUUGUGGUUGGAGUUCAGUCUUGGAAGCUAUGAAAUUUGGUGUUCCAAUAAUAGCCAUGCCAAUGCAGCUUGACCAACCAAUCAAUGCUCGGUUGGCGGUUGAGGUUGGGGUUGGGGUAGAGGUUGUUAGGGAAGAGAAUGGGCAUCUCAAGCGGGAGACAGUGGCUGAGGUAGUGAAGCAUGUGGUUGUGAGUAAGUUAGGGGAGGCUGUGAGGGAAAAAGCUAAGAAACUUGGUGCUGAUUUGAAGCUGAAAGGUGACAAGGAGAUGGAUGUAGCUGCGGAUGAGCUAUUGCAUUUAUGCAAAAGUGGCAGUGGCAAUAACCUUCGUGUUGGUAGCGGAAGUGGCUUGCGGAAGACUAAGAGUGAUGCAUUCCCGAUUGGGGCGCAUUGUGCUUUGAAGGGAGAAGUUUAG